CCACAGCAAUCACAUUGAUACUCAAUGGCUUCUUCUUCAGAUAGUGAAGAAGUGAGGGUACUGGGAAAAUGGGCAAGCCCAUUCAGCAACAGAAUAGACCUUGCUUUGAAGCUAAAGGGUGUUCCAUACAAGUACUCAGAGGAGGAUCUUGCUAACAAGAGUCUUGACUUACUCAACUAUAACCCUGUUCACAAGAAGGUACCUGUUCUUGUUCACAAUGGGAACUCCAUAGCUGAGUCACUUGUUAUUCUUGAAUACAUAGAUGAGGUUUGGAACAACAACAAUAACCACGCCUUUUUGCCACAAGAUCCUUAUCAUAGAGCCUUGGCACGUUUUUGGUGUAAGACCCUUGAUGACAAGAUCUUGCCUGCCAUAUGGAAUGCUUGUUGGAGCGACGAGAAAGGGCGCGAAAAAGCCGUUGAGGAAGCCUUGGAAGCUCUCAAGAUACUGCAAGAUGAACUGAAGGACAAGAAGUUCUUUGGAGGAGAGACCAUAGGAUUGGUUGACAUAGCAGCAAAUUUUAUUGGCUACUGGGUGUCUAUAUUACAAGAAAUUGCAGGAUUAGAGUUAUUGACCAUUGAGAAAUUUCCUAAGUUAUAUGAAUGGAGUCAAGAGUAUAUCAAUCACCCUGUGAUCAAGGAAGGCCUGCCUCCAAGAGAUGAAUUGUUUGCAUUUUUCAAAGCAUCUGCUAAAAAGUAGAAACCAUUUUGGCAUUUUUAGAGCCAUGGAGCCAGAGCCUCCACGAUCGCAAGAACAUGCUGCAUUUUCGCUUGCCCGACAUAUGCACCUUCUCCUUGCUGAUCCAAAGCAUUAUGGUACAAGUAAUCUCGGAAGAAAUGUCACAGAGAAAGCAAAAUAUCAACUCUUGGAAGUUACUAGAUACUUGUUAGUCUAGAGCAUUGUAAAAAUGUUAUGAUAAUUCACUGUUUUAUACUUGUAAUUUGCAAUUUCCAAACUGAAACAACUUUGAAGAAAAUAUAAGCAUAUAUAAUUGAUCUAUUUCCUUGAAGUGUUGAAGAUAGAAUUUGUGAGAAGACAAUUGAUGAUGCAAUUUGUUUUGAAGCACUAGAGAAUGGUUAGAGAAAUACACAAGUUCAUGGUGCAAGUUCAUGUGGUCUUAUGACUGAUUGUUUACAUAUUACUGCAUUUUAUAGUUUUCAAGUAUGAGUAAUUUGUGAGGCUUGCUAUUAGACUAUUAAUAAUGUGCGUUGGUUUAAAAAUACAAUUUCUUAUAAAGAAAAAUAAAUGGCUAACCAAUAUUGAGUCCAAAUCACCCUACAGGCCUACACCUAGCAUAGAAUUUAGAAGAUGAAUAGUUAAUAAAAAUGUGUAAACAGUAAAGUCAACCUAUACCACUAAUUUGAUGAUGUUUUUGCAUCCUAGAAAUGGGCAAGAAUGAAAUUCAUUCUAUUUGACUAAGGCUCCUUUCCUUAAGCCAGUUUUUCCUAAACAACA